GCUAUUAGGGUUAAGUUUUGGCCAUUCAUAACUCCCCAUUCCCUCUGAUACCUUCUCCGACGCAAAAGUGGUCGUAAAUAAAACGUGUAGAAAAAAUGGGGAAGAAAGCGAAGAGCUCUAGGAAGGGAAAGAAGGCGUGGAGGGCUAACAUAAGCACAGAAGACAUCGAGGAAUACUUUGAGAAUAACACAAAAGACGCACUCUCCGGCGGUUCUUUAUCUAAUGCUCCCAGUGAUUCCCUUUUUUACGUUGAUAAGUCCAGAGACCUUUCCGUGAAGCGAAAGAUUGAGAAAAGCAGAGAAAAAGUACUUCGUUGUGACAGUCUACUGCAAAGGAACCCUUUUGUUCAGCCAAUUCCGUCCUCUAUACAAAAGAAGAAGCAAGCCAAGAAAAACGUAAAAGCUGUUCAAACUACUAAUGAUAAAAAUGAUCAUAGCCAGAAGGACGAAAGUGUACCAGGUUCCAGCAGCGUUGAUUUGUGGGAUGGUUAUCAAUUUACUCUAGCAGGUGAAGAUGCAGUCAAAACUAAAAAGAAAUUCAAGCCUUCUGUUAUACCUGCUGUCGAAGUUGAACCUCCUGGAUGCUCAUUCAAUCCCGCACAUGAAAGCCAUCAGGAUGCAUUAGCUAUUGCAGUUGCAGAUGAAAUGCAGAAAAUUUAUCGAGAUGAACUGGGGCCUGAGCCUAUUCCUUUAACUGUUCCUGGAGAAGUUAUUGAUGAGGAAGAGAAAUAUUUUAUUGAUGCGGAUGGUGAAGAUGAUGAUGAUCAAAAUGAAAAUCUAAUUGACAAUGGAGAUGCAGAUGCAGAUGUGGAGAAGAGGUCUGGUUCAUUUAUUUGCUUGUUUUCGUAAGCCUGUCUGAUUCCU